AUGACAGGAAAAGCAUUGUUGGUAGCUAGCAGCUAUUACGGUCCCAUCUAUCCCGAUGGUAGAAACACGGGUGUGCAUUUCUCUGAACUUUUAACACCCUAUGAAAUUUUCCGCCAAGCUGGCUUGGAAGUCGAUAUUACAUCUGAAAAGGGAACUUGCAAAUUCGACGACGUUUCCGUCGAUGAAUCCAAAUUACCAGCAGAAAUAAAGAAUGUGCUCCACGACAAGAGCAAUGAAUUUUGGACCGCCAUAAACAAGAUGAAGCGUGCAGCUGAUGUGGAUUAUAGUCAAUAUAAUAUAUUCUUUGUCGCUGGUGGUCAUGCUGCACUUUUUGACUUACCAGGAGCGAUUGAUUUGCAAGCCGUUGCCGCACAAAUUUACAAAAAUGGAGGAGUUGUAUCUGCAGUUUGCCAUGGUCCUGUCAUUCUUCCUUUUGUUGCUGACUUGACUCGUCCAAACGCAUCUUCGAUCGUUCAAGGUCGUAAAGUGACUGCCUUCAACAGGGCCGGAGAAGAAAGCAUGAAGAUAUUGGAUAUUAUGAAGGAAAAGCACCUGCAAACCAUGAAUGAUCUUUUCAAGGAUGCUGGUGCUCAUUUCAUUGACCCACCUUCUCCCACGGACGAUUUUGUUCAAAGCGAUUCUCGCGUCGUGACCGGUGUCAAUCCUCAAAGCGCCGCUUCUACCGCCAAAGCCGCCCUCCAAGCUUCCAAGGCAUGA